GAUGGCGCAGCCAGCGGAGGUCUCGGGCCACACAGCGACCGCCAGCGCCAGCAUGGACAACAACGUCCUGGCCAUCGUCAUCGCCGCCACGGUGUCCACCUCCGUCUUCAUCGUGGCGAUCCUUAUCCUGCUGCUGCUCUUGUACCACCGGGACCCCAUGUGCUGCCAAUUCCUCUGCUCCUGCCGCCUGUUCCAGACCCCCAGCCAGUAUGACCACCCCCCGUCCUACUUCAGCAGCAGCCAGCAGCUGGUGGGACCCCAGCGUGGAGCCUCAUGGCUGGAGAGCACUGCUGAGAACCCCGGCAUGCAGGGAGACGAGCUCUUCUGUGUCGGACCCCCCAGCACAUACCAGCUCCCAUCCUGGGAGCAGCCCCGCCUGCCCAGCUAUGAGAGCGUGCGGAAGAAAGAUCGCCAGCGGGAAAUCCAUCAGAUGAUUGCUGACAGGUUUGGGCUGUGGGCAGAGUCAUCCCAGGAGAUGCCACCUCCUUAUGAGCAUGCUCUGAGGCAUCCUCCAGCUUUCUCAGGAACAGGAAUAAGCUCAGAGACCUUGGACAGACACGGUGUUCCACACCCUUUCCAUGCCCCCCUCACCUACCAGACUCAGCGGAACACUGCAGUGUAAGGCCUUGGCCUCAGUGUACUGCUGCUUCCGUGCUGUCAGCAACAGAAGUGCCUGGGAUACCAUUUUCCUCCACAGUGAAUAGCCAAACCUUCACCCAGAUCCACAAUCAGCUGAAACAUAGGCAAGACCAACCCAGCCAUCAGUGACAUCCCUCUUGCAGCACAAGAACAACCACAAAGCCAUUGCUGGGUACUGUGCUGAGCAGAGGAACCAGGGACAUCUGCUCACUCUGGCAAACACCAAAGGCAAAGGUCUAUCUGCUGGGAGCUGCACAGGGCAAAG